UAGACAGUCUCCUGUCCUCUUUUUCUCCUUUCUCCACUUAGAAAACAUGAAAGUAUUAGGAAAAAACCAAACGGCAAACCCUAAGACCCUUUUCUCCCAUUCUCUUGUACUGUUAUCUCAUUCAUUCAUUCAUAAAUUCCUGUAACACACCUAAAAAUCCUAAUUAUUCCCAUUUUUUCUUCCAAUUAAUACCGACCCGGAAGCAUUAUCAUUUCCAUAUAUGCAUAUAUUGAAAAAUUACAUAUAGAUAAAUACUUGUUAUGCUGAUCGUUGUAUAGAGAGAGAGUGAGGGGGAGAAACAGGGAAGAGAUUGAAAAUUGGCUUAUUUUGAAGAGGGGAAAGAAAGCGGAUGGAGGGAAUACCGCACGCAAUACCUCGAACCGUUGAAGAAGUUUUCAGCGACUUCAAAGGCAGACGCAAUGGCUUGAUCAGGGCUCUCACCACCGAUGUUGAGAAGUUUUACCAACAGUGCGACCCAGAAAAGGAGAACCUGUGUCUAUAUGGACUUCCAAAUGAGACAUGGGAAGUUAACCUGCCCGUGGAAGAGGUGCCUCCUGAGCUUCCUGAGCCGGCUCUGGGUAUAAAUUUUGCUAGAGAUGGGAUGCAAGAGAAGGACUGGUUGUCACUUGUUGCAGUUCACAGUGAUUCUUGGUUGCUUGCUGUAGCAUUUUAUUUUGGUGCACGCUUUGGGUUUGGUAAGAAUGAAAGGAAGAGGCUUUUCCAGAUGAUAAAUGACGUCCCAACAAUAUUUGAAGUUGUGUCAGGAAAUGUGAAGCAUCCUAAGGACCAAUCUGCAACUCACAAUAACAGUAGCAAAAGCAAAUCAAGUGGGAAAAUGCAAUCUCGGCAACCUGAGCCUCAGACCAAAGCAGUGAAGAUGUCUCCACCACCCAAGGAAGAUAAUGACAGCGGGGAAGAGGAAGAUGAAGAUGAAGAUGAUGAACAGGGUGCAACUUGUGGGGCAUGUGGCGAAAGCUAUGGCACUGACGAAUUCUGGAUUUGCUGCGAUGUAUGUGAGAGAUGGUUCCAUGGAAAAUGUGUCAAGAUUACACCUGCAAAGGCUGAGCAUAUCAAGCAGUACAAAUGUCCAGGUUGCAGUGGCAAAAGGGCUAGAGUUUAAAAUUGAGAUGCUGAAGUUGAGUUGGGAACAUUAAUUAAACAAAGCAGACAAGGUUUAGAACUUCACCUUUGCAGUUUCCAAAGAGCAAAACAGAAACAGUUGGCCAUUCUAGUAAAUGAAUUUGAAUGACUGCCGAUUGGAUUUUAAGUUUGGUUACUUAUGGUUUCUGUCAAGUCCCUGGGAAUUGUGUUUUAAAUAGUUGGUGGCAACUAUGGACAUUCUAUUAUUUAUGUUCAAGCAGUUUUCUAUUCUGGAGUCA